AUGGCACCUCAAAAUUCAAAAAACCUCAACCCUUUCGCACCGGAAUACAUUCCUAUUAGCAUAUCCGGAAUCACCCCUUCUCUGCAACCCCCGUUUCUUCCACCACACACAUACUCCGCCGCCCCUCAAAACCAACCCUUCUUCCCCGCCCCACUCCCGCCGCAUCAAUUCCUCACAUACUACCCCCGCCCCUCCGCCGCCGCCGCACCACAAGCAACUCGGGGAAGGAGAGAGAGACGCCACGAGCAGUUUUUGCAACGCGACGUGCGCAAUGCGGAGAGUAAGCACGAAAUCGUGCCUCUAAAACGCGAAGAGGAGGCUACUACUGUUAUGAUCAAGAACAUUCCUUACAAUUGCAGGAGGAAAGAGCUGAUCAGAAUGCUUGAUAGCUUCUGCAAAAAUCAGAACGCGAGAAACGAGACACAAGAAACUCCCUCACCUUACGCUUACGAUUACCUAUACUUGCCGAUGGAUUUUUGGACUAGAAAAAGCAGAGGUUUCGCAUUUGUAAACUUCACCACCUCAAGAGCUGCGUGGGAAUUCCACGACUCCGUUCACCUCACAAAUUGGGGUUUUCAUCACCGACCAAAUUGGCUAAAGAAAAUUGAGAUUGUCUGCGCCAAAAUCCAGGGCAUGGAAGACAUACUGUGCCAUUUUUCAGAGUCGGUGUUUGAGUGUGAAACCGACGAGUAUCUACCGGUGUGCUUCAGCCCGGGAAGGGAUGGCUCCGGGCAUCCCGUUGAGCUGAUCAUAGUUGGAAAAUGGCUCCCACUUGGUGAACGCCUGAGCUGCAUUAAUCAGAACUAAGAUGCUACGAUAAUAUGAUGAUGUAGUUUGGUGAGUAUGCAGCAUUCUUUCUAACAUUAGUUAGUUAAUUAGUUGCAACUUAACUACCAAUUUUAGUUGGGA